CAUUACAGCCUCACUCAACAUGACCAUGAUGCAAAACGUGACAAUACUCCUUUUCAUUGCUGUGUUCCUUUCUGGUGCUCUUGGAAGCAAAGCUGCGUGUACGUAUAGAGCCGUGGGUGACACGUUUGUGAUUCCUCUGAAUGAUGCUGAAGAAGAGAUACCCCCUGACAGCAGCUUGACCUGGACUCAUAAUGAGACUGUAAGAGUUUAUUUAAAGAGGGGUUCAAACGUCAGAAUAAAAACACACGACAUAAACACCAGAGGAUCUCUGAUACUGGAGAACGUACAGAUCAUUCACUCUGGAAAAUACACGGCUCGAGUCUACAAUAAAGAUGGAACAUUACGUACGGCAUCAUCACUAGAGCUGUGUGUGCGAGAUCCAGUGCUUGAGCCUACAGUCACAGUAAAGUGUGAAGAAAACGGAACCAUUCUCACUUGUCGAACUUCAAACAACACCGAGACGACUGUUCUCUGGAUUAAGAACGGAAAGGAAACGUUAAAUGUGUCGAAUACAGUUUUACACGUCCACUCGUCUGAGCUCAAACAUCGAUUCUCAUGUAGAGUGAGAAAUGAGAUCAGUGAAAAGACAUCAAAAGAUGUUCCGCCCGUGUGCUUUCACACAGGUCCAACCAGUGAGAAAAGUGAUGAGAAAAACAACAACAACACCACACAAAAUACCAAUGAUGAUUCAUCUGAGGAGAAAUAUGUGUUUGGAUUGGAUUUGUGGUGGAUGUUGGUGCUUGUGACAGGAGUAGGAAUUGUGAUGCUCAUCAUCGUCUGCUUAGUCUGUGUUUGCUGUCAAAAGAAGCGCAGAAAAGCAAGAGAAGAAGAAGAGUACCGGCUCACUGCUCUAGUGUCGUCGGAUCAAUCGGAUCAGAAAACGGAAAGAUCUGAAAGAUUAGCUAAAAGCCAGCGUCCUCUCCCACCCGUCCCCGUCCCUCGCUGUCCUCCAUCUCCCCCGUACAUGUAAACUCACCCGGCCCUCACGCUUUACAUCAGACGGUUGUAAAUAUAUACAGACAUCUGUACACUACACAGACAAAAGUUACACCCAAUAUUAUCCUGGAUUAGAAGUUCCUGUGUAUGUUGGACACUUGAUGACUUCUUUUCCUUAGUCCAAGCCAAACAAAACAACAAAAACAGCUUGAAUUUACUUCAAAACUGUACUUGGGUGACCUUUCGAUCAAAUGAUCUAAAAACAUGUGUUCAUGUCCAAACAUUUGACUGGUAGUGAAUUAAGAUGUUGUUCUAUUUGAGAUAUAUUUAUUUCAGUUUAAAUAAACAACAUGUCAAACGGUGUUGAAUAAAUGAUUUGUUUUUUACUGAAACUAGGUCAUUUCCGUGUGUGUACUGGAGGAAUGUGAUUGUGUAGACCACCGUUGUUCAUCGUGUGCUUGUAGAACAGAUGCAGUGAAGCA